CCAAACAAGUCCUUUUUUGCUUAUCUAAUAACUCUGUCCUUCCACUUAAAGAAACAGAAAGCUAAAUGCAAUAAUGUUCAAGUUAAAAGGAGUCACACUAAAGUUGGUGCCAUAGGACUUGCCUUAUUAAAUGCUUCACUUCCCCUCCUUUUCAAUUCAAAAUUCAAAUUUACACCCCUCUUGCCUUUUCUUUCUUAACACUACACUUUCUUCUUUUCAUUUUUCCACUUUUAGUUCAAAUAUUUUCAAGUGAAGGAAAUAUAAUAGAAGCAUGCAGUGAUGGAAACAAUAAAACGGUAGAGAAAACUUUGCUUUGAAAGAAGAAAAAAGAGGGUGUGAAACAGAAAAUGAGUACAGCUAGAUUCAUCAAAUGUGUUACUGUUGGAGAUGGUGCUGUUGGAAAGACUUGUAUGCUUAUCUCUUACACAAGCAAUACAUUCCCUACGGAUUAUGUGCCUACUGUUUUUGAUAAUUUCAGUGCAAAUGUUGUGGUUGAUGGCAGCACAGUUAAUCUUGGAUUAUGGGACACUGCUGGACAAGAGGAUUAUAACAGGCUUAGGCCAUUGAGCUAUAGAGGAGCAGAUGUGUUUUUGUUGGCCUUUUCACUACUCAGCAGAGCCAGCUAUGAGAAUAUAUCUAAAAAGUGGAUUCCUGAACUCAGACAUUAUGCUCCAACUGUACCAAUUGUGCUUGUGGGAACCAAACUUGAUUUGAGGGAAGAUAGGCAGUAUUUGAUUGAUCAUCCAGGAGCUACAGCUAUUACUACUGCCCAGGGUGAAGAGCUGAAGAGGGCAAUUGGUGCAGCUGUGUACUUAGAAUGCAGCUCAAAGACUCAACAGAAUGUGAAGGCUGUGUUUGAUGCUGCAAUCAAGGUUGUUUUGCAGCCUCCUAAGCAAAAGAAAAAAAGAAAGAAGAACAGAUCAUGUAUUUUCCUUUAAUCAGUAUUCAUGUUUGAUGUUUGAUUCACAUCCUUUGACAUUUGAUUUCAUGGUUCAGCCUUUUGAACAAAUGUAUUCCAAACUCUACUACUUUCUUUCAGUUUUCUAGUAAUUUUUUGUUGAUGGGUCCAAAUGAUGUUCCUAUGUUAUAUGUAACUGGAUAUUCAAGGAUAAAUUUUGUGAUAAGAAAUAAUAGAAUUAAUGUUGCACAA